CUCCCAAAUCCCAAUCUCUUGCUCUCGUUUUUAAACUUUAAACCUGAUUCUCCUGCUUUCCCCGCCAUUCUCUCACUAGCACCCCUUUUCAUUUGCUGUCAUCUCUCUAACCUCUGUAUACUGUGAAUCGAAAUACUGAGAGGAAGCUAGCUAAGAUAAGCUCCUUUUGCUUCAGGAAAGGAAAUGGGUUUGCUGGUUUUGCUCCUCUCGGCACUUGCUGGAGCAACCCUUUUAAGCACCUUCACUCUUGCUCUCACUGAAGAUGGCAAGACAUUGCUGGAAAUAAAAGGGGCUCUGAACGAUAGUCGGAGUUUCCUCAGAAACUGGAAGGCUUCUGAUGACAACCCCUGCAACUGGACCGGCAUCUCUUGCCAUCCCCAUGACCAACGGGUCAGUUCAAUAAACCUUCCUUACAUGCAACUUGGAGGGAUCAUAUCACCAAGCAUUGGGAAGCUUAGUAGGUUGCAGAGAUUGGCACUUCACCAGAACAGCUUGCAUGGAUCAAUUCCUACUGAACUUACCUACUGUACUGAGCUCAAAGCACUAUACUUGAGGGCUAAUUACCUCCAAGGAAUCAUUCCACCAGAAAUUGGAAAUCUUUCUCACCUCACCAUACUGGACCUCUCUAGCAAUUCGCUGAAGGGAUCCAUACCUCCCUCUAUUGGCCGUCUGACACAUUUACGCUUUCUGAACUUAUCAACCAAUUUCUUGUCUGGUGAAAUUCCAAACUUCGGCAUGUUGGUCACCUUUGGGAAAAAGUCGUUUAUUGGCAAUUUAGAUCUGUGUGGUCAUCAGAUUCAGAAACCAUGCCUAAGCUCAUUGGGAUUCCCUGCGGAAUUACCACAUGCAGAGGCUAAUGAAGCACCAGUCCCUACUAAGCGAGUCCCUCAUUACCUCAAUGGGGUCCUUAUUGGUGCCAUGUCAGCAAUGGGUCUUGUGCUUAUGCUGCUCCUUGUUUUCCUCUGGGUUUGUUUACUAUCAAGGAAAGAAAGAGUUGCUAAAAAAUAUACCGAAGUAAAAAAGCAAGUUGGUCGGGAUCCAGGUAUCAAGCUCAUAACAUUCCAAGGUGAUCUUCCUUAUUCCUCCUCUGAAAUCAUAGAAAAGCUCGAGUCACUUGAUGAAGAAGAUGUGGUGGGAUCAGGAGGAUUUGGCACUGUAUACAAGAUGGUAAUGAAUGAUUAUAGUACAUUUGCUGUUAAAAGGAUCGACCGAAGUUGUGAAGGAUCUGAUAAGAUAUUUGAAAGGGAGCUUGAGAUCUUGGGUAGCAUCAAGCAUAUAAAUCUUGUCAACCUGCGAGGGUACUGCAGACUUACAAAUGUGAAGCUUCUCAUCUAUGAUUAUGUAGCCUUGGGCAGCUUAGAUCAUUUUCUGCAUGAGAAUGAGCAAGAACAUUUGAACUGGAAUGCUCGCCUAAGAACUGCUCUUGGUUCUGCUCGUGGAUUGGCAUAUUUACACCAUGAUUGUUGUCCAAGAAUAGUGCAUCGAGACAUAAAAUCUAGCAAUAUACUCCUGGAUGAAGAUCUGGAGCCUCAUGUUUCUGACUUUGGUCUUUCCGAACUUCUAGUUGAUGAGGAUGCACAUGUCACUACCGUUGUUGCUGGCACUUUUGGUUAUUUAGCACCAGAAUAUCUGCAGAGUGGGCAAGCAACCGAGAAAUCAGAUGUCUAUAGCUAUGGAGUUCUUUUGUUAGAGCUUGUAACUGGGAAGAGGCCUAAUGAUCCAUCUUUCGUCAAGAAGGGCUUAAAUAUUGUUGGCUGGAUGAACACUCUAGUCAGAGAAAGACGGUUGGAAGACAUUGUGGACAAAAGAUGCACUGAUGCAGAUGUGGGGACUGUGGAAGUAGUUCUAGAUAUUGCUUCUAGAUGCACCAAUGCAAACCCAGAUGCUCGUCCCUCUAUGAGUGAGGUCUUGCAGAUACUAGAAGAAGAGGUCAUGUCACCUUGCCCAAGUGAAUUCUCUGAAUCUCAUUCAGACCGUCUCUGAAAGAGAAUGGCAGUGGAAUAUAGUUGGAGCACAGUUGCUAGGCUGCGCCCCUCCAAUUUCUAUGGCUUUCUUCCCCUAUCUUUGGGGCCUCUAUGUACAUUUAGUAAUUUUGCUAAGAUUUGCAAGUAAUUUCAAAACAAAUUUGGAGGUACAACUUUCUAUUCUAACCA